UGGGGCAGCCACAGCUUCUCUGGGCAGCCUGUGCCAGUGCGUUAAUGCAGCUUCUGUAUAUAGUGAAUUCUAAAAUCAGUUGCCGUAAGAAACAAGUUUAGUUGCUGAGAGCCAUCUUUGCAGAGUUGUCUGCUUUUGUUCAUCACCUUCAGCUGCACUUACAAUUGUGAAGGCAUGUUGCAGCCAGUAGAAGGCAGAAGUGGUCUGUGGAUCCACGAAAUAGCGCUUGGAGUAAAGAUGAAUCUAAAUUUGGCCAGAAGAUGCUGGAAAAGAUGGGCUGGUCCAAAGGAAAGGGUCUUGGGGCUCAAGAACAAGGAAAUACAGAACAUAUCAAGGUUCAAGUGAAAAACAACACACUGGGCUUAGGAGCAACCAUCAAUUACGAGGACAACUGGAUUGCUCAUCAGGAUGACUUCAACCAGCUUCUGGCUGAACUGAAUGAUUGCCAUGGACAGGGUGAAACAGAGUCUUCAGUGAAUAAUCAAAAGAAGACCUUCAGUCUGGAAGAAAAAUCCAAAUCUUCCAAGAAACGUGUCCAUUAUAUGAAGUUUGCAAAAGGUAAGGAUCUGUCUUCGCGCAGUGAAGAUGAUCUGUCCUGCAUAUUUGGGAAGCGACAGAAGAGUUCGAAGGGACAGGUAACAAAAGACUUCACCUUUCUCGUUUCCUUCUGUAUUGUUCCUUAUAAUAAAACCAUAUUGAAAUGUCUUUCUGCUGAUGAGAUCACCACAUGGCCAUUGAAAGCAAGAGGUCUUCUGCCGGUAAAAUUGCUGUUGUUUCUGUGUGAAGGCUGCAGUUGAAAGGCUGUGAUCUGA